AUGAAGAAGCUCUUCAGCCUUGGGCCACAGUACCAUGGCCAUAGCAAUGUCCUCUUUGCAUGGCAGCCGAGUGGCAACUAUGUGGCUUCCAUUGGGGAAGGCUCUAGGAAUCUCUUCCUCUUUGACCGGCGGGGGAUGCAAGUAGAGGAGGUCUCGCUGAAGUCGACGGCCAAAGUGGUGCAGUUAGAAUGGGACAAGGAUGGAGAGAUUUUGGCCAUCCUGCAGCAGAAGGAGGAGACAGUGAUGCUAUGGCGCCAUGCUGAAAACAAGCUGGACAUGCUAGAGAUGAGCUCAAAGGACCCCACCUGGCUGUCCUGGUCCAAGACAGGGCCACAGCUUGUGAUCGGCACUGCGCGAGGGAACCUCAUCAUUUACAACAAGAGGACCAUGAAGAAGCAGACCAUCAUGGGGAAGCACUCGAAGAGAAUUUCCUCGGGUGCAUGGCAUGCGGAGAACCUCUUCGCAACGGGUUCGGAAGACCGGACGGUGUGCCUCAGCAAUGAGGACGGGGAUGCCUUGGAGGGCACGGAUGCGGAGCCGCUGAGAUUGAAGAAUGAUCCCAGCCAGAUGCAGUUCGCAGACAUCAAGGGUGACAACCCCAAGGAGCACCCCCGGGAAAAGGUGGUGAGUAUUGUGCUAGGAGAUGUGACGUUGCUUCUAUGCAACCUCCGAGAGCCACAGAAACCCACGGAACUGGCCUUCCAACCCAAGUAUGGCACGAUCAAGUCCUAUGCGUGGUUUGGUGAUGGAUACCUGGUGGUGGGCUUUUCUCAAGGCUACAUUGUCAUCAUUAGCUCGCAGAUGAGAGAGAUGUCGGAGGAGCUUUCCAGUGUCAAGUAUCACCGAAAUAGCUUGGAUUGUUUGUGUUGUAGCAAGGCCGCGGGGAAGAUUGCCUCAGCCGGAGACGAUGGGAUCAAAAUCAUUAGCAUGAAGGAUUGGUCCGAGAUCCGGAAUGAGAAGAUCCAAAUCCGCCCUGAAGCCAAGGUCACACAGAUGCAUUGGUCUGAGGAUGGAGAGCUUUUAUCCUUUGCCACAGAGGCAGGCUGUGUGUAUUGCUACCUGGCCAAGCUACAAGUGCUGUCGGCCACCUGCAAUACCCGAUUGGCCUACUUGACCUCCUUGCGUGAGAUGACCAUCAUCGAAGGUACCAACGAGAGUGACAACAAGGUUUGUAUCAACACUGACCUUGAGCCUGCCUUUGUAGCAUUAGGGCCCUCCCAUUUGGCCACAGGAAUGAACAACCGCAUUUGGUUCUACUCAUGUGCUGACCAAGCCAGCGCUUCUUGUGUGAAUGAGCAGGAGUACAUUGGAAGUGUUGAGAGUGUGAGCCUCAACGGCACCCACGCCUGUGUACUGAUCGAUGGCCGUGUGUACCUGCACCAGAUUGAGAGAGGAGAUGGGAAGACCACCAUUUUUCCCCGCAAGGACGAUGAUAAGAGCAUCACUUGUGCCUCGAUUGUGGGGAACUUCUUGAUUUAUGCGCACUCCAAUGGGCGUUUGCAGUACUAUUCGUUGAUCGAUGGCCAGGAGGUCAAUGAGUACAAACACUCCAAUGGCAUUCGGAAGUGCUUCCCAAAUCACGAAGGAACACGUGUAGCGUUGAUUGACACAUCGGGCACAGCGUGGUUAUACAACCCCAUCAAUGAUGAUUGCAUCCAGAUAGCCGACUUUCCGGUGACAGCAGAUCGCAUUUUGUGGGAUAGCUCUGAUUCUACAAUCUUUGUGGCCUGUGACCAAUUCAAUUUGCACACCUUUGUCUACAGUCAAGUGGAAGUGGGUGGUAGCGGGGUGCGCUGCCUUGGAGAUGUAGAACUAGGUCUGCAGUGGGAACUCCGGAUUGAGCCAUCUCCAAGCCCACUCCAGCAUGGCCAGGUGGCGGUCCUUGUGGUGGAUGGUGUGGUGACAUGUCAACAAGCCAGUGGUGGUUUGUCCACACAAAGGUUGAAGUCACAUGACAUGACCAGCAAUGCGCAUGUGGCCGAUGCAGUGGAACGACAAAAGGGCUGUAUGCUGCAAGCCUUGGCCUUGAACCGCUUUCCGCUGGCUUUCAAGAUUGGUUUGGCAUUGGGUGCAAGAGAACUGUGGCUGGCAAUGGGUCGAAGGUGUUUGGAAUGCUUGGACGUUGGCUGGGCCAAAAAGGCAUACAGACAAGCACCGGCUGCCGGCAUGGUGAUGUACCUGGACAAGAUUCAGACGGUGGAGGACAAGUUGCUGCUUAGUGGCCAUGUCUCCGCGCUCUUUGGGAACUUUGCCAAGGCCAAGGAGUACUUCUUGCAAAGUUGUUCUCCGGAGACCGCACUGGACAUGCACUGUGACUUCCUAGAAUGGGAUCAGGCACUUCAGCUUGCACAAACCUUGGCUCCGCACCGCUUGGGGGACAUCUAUUUGAAGAGCGCCAUGCAAAUCGAAGGACGUAACCAAAACGAACAGGCCCUGAGCCAUUAUGAGAUGGCCAUGCGUGACCACGUGCCUGGCACACGGCCCGAGCAUGAAGCUCUUUGUAAGGCUGGCAUUGCCCGUUGCUCCAUUCGCAUGGGCGACCUGCCACGAGGCAUGCAGAUCGCCUUGGAGCUCAAUGAUCCAGUCGUGUGUCGUGAAUGUGCGCAAGUCCUUGCGAAGAUGAAGCAGUAUGUUGAGGCAGCCCAGCUCUAUGAGGCGGCAGGCUCUUAUGAUCAAGCGGCCUCCCUUUACAUCCUUGACACCAACUUCGAGGCAGCUGCGCCGUUGAUGGCCAAGAUCAGCACCCCGAAGUUGCACCUGCAGUUUGCCAAGGCUAAAGAGGCUCGUGGAGCCUACCAGGAUGCCCUCGUGGCCUAUGAGAGGGCCCGGGAUUUGGAUAGUGUGGUGCGGAUUUGCCUGGAGAACCUCAGCCAACCUCAAAAAGCAUUUCAGCUUGUUCGGGAGACAAAGCUGGCCAGUGGCGCCGAACGCGUGGCGGAAUUCUGUCGCAAGGACGGCAACGUGGCUGGAGCUGUGGAGUUCUAUCUCUUAGCCAAGAACGACGAGGAGGCCUUCUUGUUGGCUGAAAGGUCAGAUGAAAUGGGUACGUACGAAGCUGGCCUGGGCGAGCAUGGCUCACGAGAUCAGUACCGACGAAUCGCCAAGUACUAUGAGCAACGAAACUUGUUGGCAGAUGCCGCGAGGCACUAUGCCAACUGUGAGGAGUACCCGACUGCUUUGAAGUUGUACCUGAAGGUGGGAGAGAAGGAGAUAGACCAUGCAAUUGAGGUUGUUGGUCGAGCGAGGAAUGAUGCGCUGACACAUACUCUCAUUGACUACCUCAUGGGCGAGACCGACAAUGUUCCCAAGGAUGCCAACUAUGUGUAUCGGUUGCACAAAGCCUUGGGUAACUACAUGCAGGCUGCUGGCACGGCCCACAUCAUUGCAAAGCAGGAGCAAGAGAUGGGCAAUUACAAGCAGGCUCACCAGCUGCUCUUCCGCACCUACCAGGAUUUGAAGAGUCAAAAGCUGGCGCUGCCGCAGGAGCUCUGGAGGCGGUUGAUGCUUUUGCAUUCCUAUGUGAUUGUGAAGCGCCUAGUGAAGGCUGGUGAUCAUCACAGCGCAGCGAUCAUGUUAGUUCGAGUGGCCAAAAACAUCCAGCAGUUCCCGGCACAUGUGGUACCCAUUUUGACCUCUGUGGUGAUCGAGUGCCAACGUGCCAAGAUGCCUGGAGAGUCUUACCAGUAUGCCUGCACUUUGAUGAAGCCUGAGUACCGAAAGGAUGUCUCAGAGCAGUACCGGAAAAAGAUUGAAAAUAUCGUGCGAAAGCCCCCACCUGACAGUGAGUCAAGAGACGCACUCGAGGCCAACAUGCCAUGCAUGUAUUGUGGCUUCUCGUUUGCAGAGUCGCAGCUUGACUGCUUGAACUGCAAGAACAUCUCGCCCUUUUGCAUCGCCAGUGGCAUGAGAAUGCUGAAAGAGGACUGGUCCAAUUGCCCCGCCUGCAACUUCCCAGCAAGGCAUUCUGUGUUCACCGCCACACUGCAGGCCAAUGAUCAAUGCCCCAUGUGUGAUUCAGUGGUGAAGCCGCACGAAGUGCUUAUUGUGCCGGACCCUGCGGCCCAAAUCAACUACUACAAGUCCUUGUUCCAGGCCUCUGAAAAUGAGAGUGCGCCUGCGCCUCCACCUCCACCGCCACCCCCAUGA